AUGGCUAGUUUCUUCGACCUUAAAGCCCGAAAGGCUACCGCGGCGACUACUGGAUCUUCGGAACAAAAGAACCAGAAACCGGUUGAACCCAGGAACCAGCCAUGGGUCGAGAAAUAUCGACCCAAGAGCCUGGACGAUGUCACGGCACAGGAUCACACUGUUACUGUUUUACAGCGCACAUUACAAGCAUCCAACCUGCCUCACAUGCUUUUCUACGGCCCUCCUGGAACCGGCAAAACGUCGACGGUUCUAGCUUUAGCCAAGCAGCUUUUUGGACCGGACAUGAUGAAGUCUCGCGUCCUUGAAUUAAACGCCUCUGAUGAGCGAGGUAUUUCUAUCGUCCGAGAAAAGGUCAAGAACUUUGCACGCAUGCAAUUGACGAAUCCCAUGCCGGGAUACAAGCAAAAGUACCCGUGCCCUCCGUUUAAAAUCAUUAUUCUCGACGAAGCUGAUUCCAUGACACAAGACGCUCAAAGCGCAUUGCGACGGACGAUGGAAACGUAUAGCAAAAUCACCCGCUUCUGCUUGAUAUGCAACUAUGUAACACGCAUCAUCGAUCCUCUGGCCAGUCGUUGCAGCAAGUUCCGCUUCAAACCCCUUGACCAAAGCAACGCCAAAAAGAGGCUGGAAGACAUUGCGACUGCGGAACGGGUUACACUGGACGAAGGUGUCCUGGACGCCCUGAUACGCUGCAGCGACGGCGAUUUGCGGAAAGCCAUUACUUUUCUGCAGAGCGCUUCGCGACUGGUAGGCGCUGCCGCCCCUAGUAAGGAUAGUGAUGGCGACGAGGAGAUGCAUGCCGACAAGAGACCUGUGACCGUCAAAGUGGUAGAAGACAUUGCCGGUGUCAUCCCCCAACAAACGGUUCUUGAACUGGCUGAUGCUAUGCGUCCGCGUGGGGCUGGUCAAACGUAUCGCUCCGUGUCGAAGAUUGUGGAGGAUAUGGUUGCUGAUGGCUGGAGUGCAACACAAGUUGUCUUUCAGCUCUAUCAGCAUUUAACAGCAGACGAGACUAUAUCAGAUGCACACAAGAACAAAAUCAUCAUAACUUUUUCCGAGGUUGACAAGAGGCUUGUUGACGGCGCAGAUGAACAUCUAUCAAUACUGGAUCUAGCAAUGAGAAUAUCGGCCACCCUGGCUCUCAAGUAA